CCUGUCAAGCUCAGAUACACCUGUUGCCGCAGCAUCUAUUAGUGAUCACAAUGAAAACCAGGUAAGAUAAACAAUUGUUACCACUUGGAACUUCGUUUUGAUUUAAAUCUACAUUGUUGUCCCAUGUUCCUUUUUUACCCCUUGCUUUUGUCAGUUACGUAACUAUUCACAGUCAUUGCUAAUGAAAUUGACAAAAUUUGCUACUUGCUGUGGAUUAGAAUAUCACAUAAGUUUUCCUCUCGUCUAACUUUCACUGAAGCCCCCCUUUCAAGAAACGGAAGAAGAGAUCACAUAGUGGGAAAUUUUACAAAAGUACAUUCAGAUGGAUGUCUAAUAUAAUGCUUGGUGUUAAUGUGAAAUUUCAGUUUCAUUGCUAUGCUCAAAGUGAGGAUUUUUAUUGUUUCUCAUCAGUAAGUAUUCAUAUAAUAAAUUCAUUGUCUGUACUUGCAUGCGCAUGCGAGAUGUUCACGACCUCUAUUCAAUCCUUCAUGUAUUUUAUCUAGUGAACAUCAACAGCUGUGCCGGCAUUGAUUUGGCGAACUAUAAGUUCAGUUACUAAUCCAUGACUGGGAAUCUAAUCAUAUAUUCUUUUGACAUUGUGGAAAAUCAUGUCAUCUAUGUAAAAUCCAUUCAGGAUGUAGGCACUUCCAACAAUGGAGAUGGAGAAUUUUACGAUGCCAUAAAUAAGUUUGAUCGAAGCAUCUCAUCCUUGAGCGAUGAUUCAUCCGUGACUCCUGAAUUUAAAUCGCCCGCUAAUGGAUCACCAAAAGAUAUAAAGAGGGCAGAGGUUGAGCAGGGUAUUCCAGUUCUUGAAGUAAGAUCAGCCGAAGAGAUAGACUUGGCUUUUAAACAACUUCAAGAAGGAGCGGAUGUUGAGGAGGUCAUCCUUCCAUCCAUGAUUAAAGAUCAGCUUGGUAGAGAAAAGUCUGGAGGUAACUCAGAAGCUAAUUCACACUUGAAAGUUAUUGAAGCUGGAUCAUUGGACGAUAUUAAUGUUGCUUUUGAGCUAACCUCAGAAGUUAAUAAAGAGAAGCUGUCCAAAUCCUCAGAUUUGAAGGAUGGAAUAGGGAAAGGGGAAGCAAAUGAAGCGGGAGAAUUUAUAGGUGGAGAAUCAAGCAACCAUGAAAUAAGCAAAAUCUCUACGGAAAUAUCAGAAAAGGUACCCAGGAGCACCUCUAAUAACGAGGCAACAACUCAAAGUAAACGAUCAAGUUCUAGUUCCUGCUCUAGCUCGGGUGACUCUGAUUGACACAAGAUUCAGCAUGAGCAGCGUUUUUCUGCAACUGAAACAAUUUUGAAUAUGCAGAGGUGGUCAGGUUUCCCCCUCUGUUUCUCAUUUUUGAUAGAUCGUUUUCUUCAAGAA